AUGCCGCCCAAAAAGAAGGCACGAAGCAGCGUCUCGGCUGUCGCGACACCCACACCAGCUCGUGACGACGAUGCCAUGGACGUUGACACUCCGGCAGCCGACACCCCGACUGCACCGCCGCCGGCUUUAAAGCCUUCUUCCGAUGAGUGGCCGAAUAAUCUCUGGACAGACGACCAGUUGUCAUCACUAUUCAAAGGCGUUAUUAGGUGGAAGCCGGCAGGCAUGCACAAGCAUUUUAGAAUGAUUGCAAUCAGCGAACAUCUACGAAAUCACGGCAUUGACCCCGACGACUACCCUCAUACGCGCAUCCCCCACAUCUGGCAGAAGCUUCGCACUUUCUUUGACCUUAAGACGAUCGACCAGCGCGAAGACUUUGACGAUGCUCAGGAGGACGAGAACUAUGACGAUCGUUUCAAGGAGUUCACAUUGCCCCCCGCCGGCUUCUACGAUAUGCAAUUGGAGCGCCUGCUUGCUGAUCCCAGCGAAGCCCCAACAUCCCCACCUUCACUAGAGCUCUCGCCAGCCCCGCCGUCGCCCGGUGGUAGCAACGCUGGAGCAGGCAGGAGGAGGAAGCGCGCAUCGACCGUCACCAAGACCCGUGCCAGCACCGUUGAGGAUACAGAGGACGGCGGUACGGACGUAGCGUCGCCCCCGGCCAGGUCAGCCAGGGUAGCUCGGAGCCAAAAGAGGGCUGCUGGCAAAGCAAAGGCAGCGGAGAAGGCAGAGAAGGCAGAUAAGCCCGUCAGCAAGACUGCUAAGGCGCAGAUCAACGAGUCCUCGUCUGACGAGGAAGAAGAGGAUGCGGAAGAUGAGGAGGGUGCACAGGGGGGGGAGGACGAGGAGGAAGAAGACAAAGACGAGGAAGAAGAGGAGGGCAGCGGCAGCGGCAGCGGCAGCGGAAGCGGAAGCGGAAGCGGAAGUGGAAGUGGGAGUGGUUCUGAUGAAGAAGACGAAGACGAAGAAGAGGAGAGUGCAGAGGAGAGCGGUACCCCGGCACCAAGGUCUACUAGAGGAGCUGCCCGUGGCCGGUCGGCGCGAGCCAGGGGCAGGGGCAGAGGACGAGGUCGCCGGUAA